GCAGCGGCGUGUCCGGCGGUGCUCGCGGCGGUCCUCAGGUCACUGCAGCUCCUUGUAUUUGUUGAAAUGGCGAAGUUUGGCGAUUUGAAAGCUUUUCUUGAAUCUUCAUUAAAUGAAAUCUUCCGUGUGACUGUCAGUGACAUCCUGGAUUCAGUGGAACAAACUGUCAGCGAAUAUCAGCGUAAAAUUCAGAGAAUUGAGUCCGAAAACGAUGAUCUGAGAAAACGACUUUGUGCAAAAGAGAAAAGGACAAAUCACAUCAAAACAGAAGAUGAAGAUUGUGUUUUUCAGCUUGACUUUUCAAGAAAGAAUUUCAGCCAAGAUCUGUUUUCAUCUGCUCAUACAAGUGAAUAUAAUGAUCAAACCAAGAUCGCUGGAGAUUUACGGAGCAGCUGUGUGAAACCACAAACCCCAGAUGUCAAAUCAAACCAGUUAAACAAGGAUUGUGCAACAACAACAGAUCUAUUUGUAAAGGCCGACCCAGACACUGAGGACGGGUGUGCCGUAGACCUCUCAAAUCCUCACGCUUCUCCUAAAUACACCGAUAAAGAAAUCAAAACGGAGAAUACAGAGGAGAACUGUGGCUCUGAACGCCAAAAUAUAUUUAAACGUCCUUUAGAGCCGGAGAUCAACUCCAAUGACUGUGACGUGAAAGUGACGGUGGUGUCAGACAGACACCUUUAUCCUGCUGGUGACGAGGAGGACGCCCGGGAGUCACCGGAGUUCAGUCUGAUCUCUGAUGAAGAGUCAAAUCCAGACGGACUGUCUGAUGAGGGAUUUUCUGGAGUGUUUCACGUGACGGAGUCUCCGCCGAUCCCUCAGGAUCCGAAACCGGAUUAUUACUGUAGUCAGUGUAACAAGAGCUUCAAGCACGAAGCGUCGCUCAACAUUCACCUGAAAUCUCACAGCUCGGAAAAGACGCACCUCUGCGGUCAGUGCGGGAAGGGCUUUGACCGAGCCGACCUCCUGAAGAACCACCAGCGCACGCACACCGGAGAAAGACCCUUCGUCUGUAACCUGUGCGGGAAGAGCUACGGGCACCAGGGCCAGCUGCGGAUCCACCGGAGGAUCCACACGGGCGAGCGGCCGUACUGCUGUCCGCACUGCGCCAAACGAUUCAACGAACACAACCAGCUCAAAGUCCACCUACGGACCCACACGGGCGAGAGGCCGUACACCUGCACCGUAUGCAGCAAGACCUUCACCAACGCCGGCAACCUGCGGAGCCAUCAGAGAGUCCACACCGGAGAGAAGCCGUACGCCUGCGGCCAGUGCGGGAAGAGGUUCAACGGCAUGGGCGACCUCAAGACUCACUACAGGAUCCACACGGGCGAGAAGCCGUACCGCUGCGAGCUGUGCACCAAGACCUUCAGCCAAGCCGGACACCUGACCAUCCACAAGCGCAUGCACACGGGCGAGCGGCCGUACAGCUGCGGCGAGUGCGGGAAGCGCUUCACGGUGGCCAGCAGCCUCAAACUGCACCAGCUGACGCACACCGGAGAGAAGCUGCACACCUGCGCGCACUGUGACAAGAGCUUCAGCCGGGCCGGACACCUGAAGAGACACGAGCUGGUCCACACCAAAGAGAAGCUGUACUGCUGCUCGCACUGCGACAAGAAGUACAGCGAUCAGUCGUCUCUGAAGAAGCACCAGAAACUGCACACGCAGGCCGAGAGUGAAGGCGGCCGAGGCGCUGAGUAACGGUGACCAGUCCGCGUGCUCCUGCAUCUUCGUUCGUCUUUAUGUUCGUGUAAUGAAGAACGAGCCCUGAUCAUCAGUUCUUACAAUAAACGUGAAUUUGUCAUCGGGCUAUAGUGAUUUUGACUUAUGAGUAGAUCCUUUGAUGAUAAUGUUCAGCUCUAAUAGCAGGAUACUGUAGGAUUAUGUCACUUCUACCCCUCAUCCCUAACUUGUUUGUGCUGAAGGAAUACCAUGGUACUUUGUUGCACAUUGCACACAUACUGUACUGAUGUUUGAUAUGGUAGAUGAGUCUUCAUUCCUUUAGGCAGUGUCUUCUGUCUGUAAGUGUUCAUUCAUUCAUGCUCAUUAGAAAUCAGUGCUGUCGUCCUGUAUGAACCGGUUUGUUGAAUAUGAAGAAGUUAUAGUAAGUAAACACUUCUUGGAUGAAAUGCAAUUUAAUUUAAGAAUAUUGUGUAAUAUCUUUUCUAUGUACAGCAUUGUGUAUUUAAUGAUAAUUUCAACUAUUCUUGAAUGUUAAAGGAUUAGUUCACUCCAGAAUUAAAAUUGACUCCCCCAUGUCAUCCAAGAUGUUUAUGUCUGUCUUUCUUCAGUUGAAAAGAAAUGAAGGUUUUUGAGGAAAACAUUCCAGGAUUUUUCUCCAUAUAGUGGACCUUCAACGGGUUGAAGGUUCAAAAUGCCAUUUCAGUGCAGCUUCAAGGAGCUCUACACGAUCCCAGCCGAGGAAUAAGAGUCUUAUCUAGCGAAACGAUCUGUAAUUUUUAAAUAUAUAUAUAUAUAUAUAUAUAUAAAUAUAAAUUACAGAUCGUGCAAGACGAACAUUUGUGGUUAAAAAGUGUGUGUGUGUGUGUGUAUAUAUAAUAUAUAUAUAUAUAUAUAUAUAUAUAUAUAUAUAUAUAUAUAUAUAUAUAUAUAUAUAUAUAUAUAUAUACUUUUUAACCACAAAUGUUUGUCUUGCACUAGCUCUGCUAUGUGCGUCCAUGACUUUGGAAAGGUCACACCUGAUGUAGGCGGAAGCACCGAAAAACUCCAUCGCAUUUUCUCCUCCAACUUCAAAAUCGUCCAACAUCGUUUUACCUUUUUUUCGUUUUUUUUUUUUUUUUUUUUUUUGUAAAGGGCGCUUGACUUGGUCUUUGCACGUUUGCUUUAUAAACACUGGGUCGAUACUUCCGCCUACAUCACGCGUGACCUUUCCAACGUGAUUACGUAAUUGUGGGCGCUAGUGCAAGAUGUGCAUUUGUGGUUAAAAAGUAUAUAAAAUUUUCCUUUUUUUUUCUUUCCUUUUUUUUUUUUUUUUUAAAUCGUUUCACUAGAUAAGAUUCCUCGUCUGGGAUCGUGUAGAGCUCUUUGAAGCUGAACUGAAACUGACAUUUGGACCUUCAGCCCGCUGUACCCCAGUAAAGUCCACUAUAUGGAGAAAUAUGGUGAGUAAAUUAUCAGGAAAUUUUAAUGCUGGAGUAAACUAAUCCUUUAACUCGAAGCUUCAGUGAUAAAAUAAAGCUUUCUAAAAUGAU